AUGCUGCUCGUUCUCCUACGAAUCCACACCAUAUACAUGCUUGCUGUGACGACGACAUACACGAACUGUAUGUGCAUACCCCCGGCUCCCUGCCUGCUGGAGCAGGCCUCCUCGCUUCUCCGUCUGAAGCACUCCUUCAACACAACUGGCGGCGAUUCCGCCACCUUCCAGUCAUGGAUCGCCGGCACGGACUGCUGCAGCUGGGAUGGCGUCGGCUGUGGCAGUGCAGACGGCCGUGUAACCUCCCUCGACUUGGGUGGCCGUCAGCUGCAAGCCAGUGGCCUCGAACCGGCACUGUUCAGCCUGACCUCACUCAAUCAUCUCAACCUCUCCGGCAACGACUUCAGCAUGGCCCAUCUCCCUGCUACUGGCUUCGAGCAGCUCAUUGAGCUAAGCUACCUCGACCUCUCUGAUACCAACUUGGCUGGUUCUGUGCCAGCUGGCAUCGGUCGCCUCAAGAACCUGGUUUAUCUUGAUCUCUCCACAAGCUUCUAUAUUGUUGAUUUUGACAAUGAAAACAGGGCCAUCUUCUACGACUCAGAUUCCAUUUGGCAGCUUUCAGUGCCAAACUUGGACAUUUUGCUGGCUGAGCUCACAAACCUGGAGGAGCUCCAUUUGGGCAUGGUGAAUCUGUCCGGCAAUGGACCACAAUGGUGCAACGAUUUGGCCAGAUUUACUCCUAACCUUCAGGUUCUCAGUUUACCAUACUGCUCGCUGUCAGGUUCCAUAUGUAAAUCGAUCUCGGACUUGCAGUCUCUCAGAGUGAUGGAUCUUCAUUACAAUCACUUGUCUGGUCCAGUGCCAGAGUUCUUGGCUGGCUUCUCCAACCUAACAGUUCUUCAGCUUUCGACAAAUAAGUUUGAAGGAUGGUUCCCUCCCAUCAUCUUCCGACACAAGAAGUUACAAACACUAGACAUCUCUGUAAAUCUUGGCAUCUCUGGUGUUCUGCCAACUUUCACGCAGGACAGCAGCUUGGAGAAUCUGUUUGUCAACCACACAAACUUCUCAGGUACAAUUCCAAGUUCCAUAAGCAACCUCAAGUCUCUAAAGAUGUUGGGCCUUGGUGCACGUGGCUUUUAUGGAGUACUGCCCUCUUCGAUAGGUGAGCUCAAAUCCUUGGAAUGGCUUGAGUUGUCUGGGUUACAACUAGUAGGGUCCAUGCCGCCGUGGAUCUCAAACCUGACUUCUCUCAGAGUUCUCAAAUUCUUUUACUGUGGACUAUCUGGACGGAUACCUUCUUGGAUAGGAAACUUGAGGCAAUUGACAAAAUUAGCUCUGUACAGUUGCAACUUCCAUGGAGAGAUACCUCCACACAUCUCAAAUUUGACUCAAUUACAGACUCUCCUAGUCCACUCAAACAAUUUUCUAGGCAAAGUGCAACUAUCUACUGUGUUCUCAAAUAUGAAAAAUCUAACUGUCUUGAAUCUCUCAAACAAUGAACUGCAUGUGGUAGAUGGAGAAAAUAGUUCUUCAUUGGUGUCCUUCCCUAAAAUCGAAUUCCUGCGUUUAGCAUCUUGCAGAAUGUCUAGUUUCCCCAGCAUAUUGAGGCAUCUCCAUGGCAUCACUGGCCUUGACCUCUCAGACAACCAGAUCCAUGGGCCAAUACCUCGGUGGGCAUGGGAGAAUUGGAACGGCUCUUACAUCUACCUCUUGAAUAUAUCACAUAAUAUGUUUACAGAUAUUGGUUCUGACCCUUUGCUUCCUGUUCACAUACAAUUCUUUGAUGUCAGUUUCAACAAUUUGGAGGGGCCUAUGCCUAUACCACAACAUGGCAGUGUCACAUUAGAUUACUCAAACAACCAGUUUUCAUCCUUGCCUCUUAAUUUCUCUAGCUAUCUCAUUGGUACUCUCCUUUUUAAGGCUUCCAAAAACAGACUCUCUGGAAACAUUCCGCCGUCAAUUAGUAGUGCAGUUAGGACUCUACAACUCAUUGAUCUAUCUAAUAACAACUUAACUGGUUCAAUCCCAUCUUGUUUGAUGAAGGAUGUCAGCACACUGCAAGUAUUAAAUCUAAGAGAAAAUAAACUUGCUGGAGAGUUACCUGAUAGCAUUAACAAAGGCUGUGCACUCGAGGCGUUGGAUUUAAGUGGCAAUUGGAUUGAAGGCAAAAUACCAAGAUCUCUAGUUGCUUGCAGGAAUCUAGAGAUACUUGACAUUGGAAGCAAUCAGAUAAGUGACUCUUUCCCAUGUUGGAUGAGCACACUUCCUAAACUUCAAGUUCUUGUCCUCAAAUCUAACAAGUUCACUGGACAGCUGCUAGAUCCAUCAUAUGAUACAGUAGACAGAAACAAAUGUGCAUUUACAGAACUGCGAAUUGCCGAUAUCUCUUCAAACAACUUCACCGGAACAUUGCCAGUAGGAUGGUUUAAGAUGCUCAAGUCUAUGACGACCAGAUCUGAUAACGAGACAUUAGUCAUGCAAAAUCAAUAUUACCAUGGGCAAACAUACCAUUUUACAGCGGCAAUAACAUACAAAGGGAAUUACAUGACCAACUUGAAUAUAUUGAGGACCCUUGUGCUGAUUGAUAUCUCAGAUAAUGCAUUCUGCGGUACCAUCCCUGAGUCCAUUGGGGAACUUGUGCUCCUUCUCGGGCUCAACAUGUCUCAUAAUGUUCUAGAAGGGCCAAUUCCAGCUCAAUUUGGCAGCUUAAAGCAACUCGAAUCAUUGGACCUCUCCUCAAAUGAGCUUUCUGGUGAGAUCCCAGAGGAGCUAGCAUCACUGAACUUCCUUUCGACUUUGAAUCUGUCCUACAACAUGUUGGCUGGACGAAUACCAGAGUCAUCUCAGUUCUCCACAUUUUCCAACAUCUCUUUUCUUGGGAACAUUGGGUUGUGUGGACCUCCAGUGUCCAAACAAUGCAGCAAUACAACAGAAACAAGCUUGCCACAUGCUUCAGAGAAGGACUUUGAGGAUGUCUUGCUCUUCAUGUUCACUGCGUUGGGAUUUGGCAUCUUCUUUUCAAUUACAGUCAUAGUGAUAUGGGGAAGACACAGCAGAAAGUGA